UUUAGCUUUAGCUUUGUGAUAUGGUCUUUAAUUUCAUUGAUCAAUAGCUAGAAUAUUAUAUAAAUUUCCACUUGCAAGUUUCAGAAAGAAGAAAUGGCUGAAAUGCUUAAAGAAUGGCUUACUAAAAGAUUACAGCGACCCAUAACGUGGGAGGCCGAAGUGUUUGGAGACAAAAUGAAAAACGGGUAUAUUAUAUCUUGUGUUUUGAGAAGCUAUCAUAUAAUAAAUGAUGAAAAGCAUUAUCUUAUAAGGCCAAGUAACAUAGGUGUAGAUAUUAAAAACAAUUGGCAGUUGAUAAAAGAAUGGAUGCGUGAUUUAGAAAUAAAUUUAACUGAUGAUGAUACGCACAAUAUUAUAGAAGGCAAAGGAUCUACAUUGCUCCGUCUAUUUUAUCAACUGUUCCUUCAUUUAGACAAGAUGGAUCGCACUAAUUUCAUUAAACAAGAAAGAAAAAAAGUGUCAGGUUUAGUAGACAAAAUGGAACAUCGAUUUACGAUAAACAAGGUAGAGGAUAAACCAGAAUCUUUUGUUGAUAAACUAUCAAAACCUUUGUUAGAUCAGAGACAGUUUAUUGAAUGGCAGAGAAAAAAAGCAAAGGACGUUCAAGAAACUUAUGAUUAUAUACGACAUAAAUAUUCAAAAAUGUUAGCUAAAAUAGAAGAAUCUAAAACACCAUUACAACAUUCAGAUGUAACAGUAAAAAAAAGAUCAGCUAAAAACAAAAAAGAAAUGGAGGAAUUUUCAUUGAGGUAUCCUUGUGAAUUCAAAAAUUACACUUAUGAAGACUUGCUUGAAUUAGAAAAAAAAGCUGUUGAAAGGCAGAAAUCUCUUAUUGAUACGGAAUGGGCAAAAAAUUAUAUUGAUAAUCUUUACAUUAGAAUGCAUAAAAAGUCAGACUCAGAGGAAUUCCAAAAACAAAUAAGAAAUGUUUUAAGUGGAUCAUUAUGGGAUCUUUCGGUUGCCAAGGAAGAAUUUAAAUUAGAUACAGAACUUUCCAAAAAAGUUAUGAAACUGUCGCAGUUUGAAAAACAAAUGUGCACUCAAAUAAUGGAAACCAAGCAACAAGCACGGAAUCUAGCAAAGAAUAGAAUUCAAGGUGAAACAGAGUUUGCAGACCAAAGAAUGCAGCAAUUUAAUCAAUUUCUUGACAAUGUAAAAGCAGAAAUGAAUUUAGGAUUUUUUGAAAUUGAUUUUGAAAAGAAAAGACAGAACAUGCUGCACAAGAAACUGUAUGCAGAAAAAAUUAAGAGAAAAAGGCAGCACUAUUACGAAAUAUGCUACGAAACAAUUCUUUCGAUUAUUGACUUUGCAACAAAAUAUGCUUAUUUUAAAAGAUUAUUAAAUGACAAAAUUCCAAACCAUUAUAUCCACGAGUGGAAAGCAUUAUACUUUAGACAACAACCUAUUUUUGAUAUUUAUCAACCAAUAGAAAACAUUUUAAGAGACACAGGAAUUGAAGAAAAACCAUCGCCCAAAGAAGAAGAAAUUAUUCGGCUAGAAUUAGACAGGCAAGAGGCUUUGAAUGAUAUUCAAUUUAAUGAGUAUCAUAACUAUACAUACCCUUGGCAAUUAGAAUUGUUAAUUCCAAAUUACGACCCAGAAGCAGAAGAAAGGAAAUAUGAAUAUUUAGGAUCUAGAAUAUUGGGACACUUAGUAUAUACUCUUCUUGAAAUUAAGUAUCCAUAUCCACCUCAAAGAUUACCAGCCGAUUUACAUACUUUCUCUACGAAAGCUGUUGUUCGUGGUCUCCCAGAUAGAUCAAUUACAAUUGCAUUGCAAACACUACUUAAUAACAAAAAAAUACAUGUUGUGCGUCUGGAAUCUGCUAUUAAUUAUUGUCUUAGGAGAUUUAAAAUUGAGAUGAUAGGUUGCACAGAUAUCGAAUUAUCAUUUGAUAAAUUUAUGGCCGUAGCGCAAGAGGACGAGGAUAAGGAGUUAAUUAAAUCAAUAAAAACUGAAGAUGAGAUACUUAGUAAAGAUAGUGAGAUAUUACCACCCUUGGCGGGUCCUUUUCUCGCUAACACCAAACAAACCCAAACACCAAAAACCAUCCCCGAAGAAGAAAUAACUUUAUCAAAUCCAGCGGAACUGGGCCGAUAUGCAUAUGAAUCUUUGAAUUUCGGGGAAUCUCUAACUGAUCAUUUAUUAUCUGCUAUGCUUGUUGAGUAUAUAAAAGACCAAAAUGAUAUUAAUGGAUUUGUGAUAAUAAACUAUCCUAAUACUUAUCGCGAAGCACAAAUUUUAGAAGAAACGUUUUCGGGUCGAUCUCCACCAGAUGAAGGUGACCUUGAUGAUCGUGAUGAAAUUUAUCUUGAAGAGAGUAUUAUUAGUCAUAGAAAAAAGGACAAAGAUCCACAUAAAGAAGUAAGAGUUUCUAAACUGGUUAACGAUCCACAUAAAAAGAAAAUAUCUAUACCGUUUACAAGUUACUUCACUUGUUAUCUAAAUCUAAAAGAAACUGAAGAUAUUCUACAAGAGUUUGUAGUAUGGUAUUUAACAGCGGAAAAUUCAGAAAUGAUUGAUAGAUUUUACGCUGCGUUAGGAAUAAAUUAUAGUAUGUACUAUGAAGUAAUAGAAAAGGAGCAACUGGCUUUAAUUUGCAAAUACAUAUUAGGUGAUUAUACACUUUAUAUAGAGUCAGACGAUAAAAUAUUUGGGGAAAAUGUUUUAAGCUGUCUUGACUUCCCAAGUUCUGAUGAUAAGAGAACAAAAUCGAAAAUUGUCAAACCUGAAACUUCUAUAGAAAAACCUAAAGAAAAGCUGGGUCGGCAUUCAAAGUUUAGUAAGCCUUUUUUUUUCUUUAAUGAUUUGAAAGUUGUAAAGGCUCCUGAUUCAGUAGAAGUAGUCCAGAACGACGAAUUAGUUACUAUGGAAUGUAGUGAGGCUGGAGAAAAUGGAAUUAAGUCUUUUACAACACUUACCAUCGUGGAGGAAAUAGAUUUGUUAGCAGGGGAAGAGGACUGGGAAUACAGUGAAAUACCAAUAUCUGACAUCAUAGGUGUAGCACUAGCAUCAUGUUGGGAAGAAAUUGAGAAAACUUACAUAUACGACAUGCAGCAACUAUUUUUCGGAAUACGCAUACAAAUGAAUUGUCUUAUUCCCUACACUAGAUUUAUAAAAGACAAAAUGGAACAAAUAAUUACACUUCCUUCUCGUAAACAAGAUUUAGUAAGUACUUUUCUACAAGAAUACAACGAUUUUGAAAAUGAUUGGCGUGACAUAAACUUGACUAAAAAUGAAUGGCACUGCAGAAUAAAGGAGUUACAGAAUAAGCUUUAUAAAAUAUGCGACCAAAGAAAGUUACACGCCGAAAAGCAGAGAUAUUUACUUAUUUGUGAAAAUUGGACGAUGGAAGAACUAACAACUAUGGUUAACACGUAUAUUUCUUGUAUGCAGACUGAAUUAAAUAGAGCUAUGUUGACAUAUCAAUCAUUGCAUGACUUUUAUUUUGCAAUGAUUAAACGCUGCCCACCUCACGAUAGAUUAACUUCCAAGGAGUUAACUAAAAUAUUUAGAGAAUCCGAUGAAACAUCUGGAAGUCGAAAAGGAGGAGAAGAUAAGGUAUAUCGACAGUUGAAAAACUCAUUUCAAGAAUUACAGUUGAAGAAUAUUAAAAUUGAUUACAGUAAUAAUCCUUUUGACAUCAUAGUAGAAAACAAUGUAAAAUUUGCUUUUAAAGUUAUUAAAGAUGUCAAUGAUUCAUACAGAUCACUUAUAAGUCGUGAAUAUAGUGAAAUAGCAAAAAUAGUACCACCAACAAAAAAGAAAGAUGAAGACACUUCAGAAGAGUCCAUUAAUGCGGAAAAAUUUCUUAAACAGAACGCUCUAAAAUGCAUAGAGGAGUGGACGAUGGGAAUUAAUGGGGAAAUGUUUAGAGCUAAUUUGCGUCUGCUUGCUUUGCAGUACAAAUGUUAUAGAGACAUGAAAUUAUUUAAUGAUAGCAUACACAAAGCAUUUAUGGACAUUCAAAAUAAUAUAGACACCUAUUAUUUAAAUGAGAUUAAAUCUGUAGAUCGUCUUUGUAAAUAUUUACAAAUGGCAGUAGAAGGUGGCAAAAGGAUUCAAGAAAACCUUAUUCUUGAAAAUGACACAUUCAUCAUAGAUCCAAAUCUUAUACAUUUUUCUGCAUCAGAAGAUGAACGUAGAGUGAAAAUGGUGAAAGAACUGGUAAACAACAUACAAUUCAAAAUUGGACAGCUAGCUAAACUGCGUAGCCAGUUUAAAAUAGUAGCGCCAACAGGAAUAGCCUUGCAACAAGCCUUUAUUUUUUUAUUACAAGAUUUCUUAUAUUUUAGCAAAGAGUCUUGCGAUGGGCCAUUGUUCCCUAAGGAAUGGACACGCGUAGACCCUGAACAGAUUCCUAAAUUAGUGAUUUUGUUGUUCGGAGAAACUACAUACGUUUAUUGGAUUGAUUUUCUUAUAUAUUGUCUUAACAUAAGGUUUCCAACAGUGGAAGAGUUAUUGUUGCUUCGUAAAAACUUUCGUUGUCAUGAUCUGGAAUCUACUGAACUGAUUUCUAGAGAAGAUUUCAUCAACGAAAUACUUUGGUUUGAGAAGGAUUUUAAUACGGAAGACAGGCAUGCUCAAUUAAGAAUAGUCUUGAUGAAACAUUUCUUAUUUGAAUUAUUUGAGACUGCUGAGAAUGUUAUGAAUUACUCAGCCUUUUUGUUAGCUUUCUGUAAGAGUGUUAAUCCAAUUGAAGGUUUCGCUUCAGCGUUAGCAAUGGCUGAUGGCAAAAAAAUAUGCUUUAGUUUAACGGAAUGCGAAAAAGUGGUGUGUAGGCUUAUAAGAGACAAAGAAUAUAGAGAUGAGUGCUUGGCUUGUGCUUUCAAAUGUACAGCACUAUUUUUAGAGAAAAUUAUAACGAAUGUCAUUAAUAUUUGUGAGGGGACUACUAUUUAUGAGCUUGAAUAUACAGAACUCCCACCCGAUAUAGACAAAAGAGGGAAGAAGAGUAAAGGAGUUAAAGCCAAAAAAAUUGAAAGUUCCGUCAGUGCUCGACUACCUAAGAUACAAAAAAGCGCUCCACGUCGGAGCAAAACACAAUCUGCUACGGACAUAAAAAGUACUACCUUUAUUUGUAGGCCAUGUGAGCCAGAGGUUGAGAUUGUUGAAGAAAAGCCUCCACAAUUUAUAGAGCCGGAGGAAGAACCAAAAGUUGAACCACUAAAAGACCCUACUUUAGCUUAUGCAGUCAGCCAAUCCGUUAUUUGGAACGUUCUUAAUGUUUGCUUACCCUGGUAUUUCUGGCCAUCACCCAAAGGAAAAGUUACACCAGUUAGAGAAGAAGUAGAAGAAGUAAUGAAACAACUUGAAGUUAACACGGAUAACAAGCACAUAUAUGUGUGCCAAUUCGUUUCUGAACCUAGUAUUUGUAAAAUUCUACACAAAUCCAAGAAGUUUGUUGCAUUAAAUUUAGCUGAGGAAAUUCAAAAUGUUUGCAUGUGA